AUGGCCACAGAAGCUUUCACGGUGUCGCGUGACAAAUUGACGGGACCAAAAGGUGUCACAGUGCUGAUAACCGGGGGUUCAUCGGGCAUUGGGCUGCAAACAGCGAUUAUCCUCCACGAACUCGGCAAUAAUGUCAUCGUCGUCGACAGAGCUCGACCUCACCCAACUGCUCCCAAGGACUUGAUUUCAUCGCCUCGCUUUCUGUACCAACAAUGCGACAUUACAUCAUGGAAACAGCAGAGGGCUGCUUUCGAAGCUGGCUUCAAGAAGUUCGGAUCCAUUGACUGCGUGUUCGUCAACGCGGGGAUAGCAGAAUACAAGGAUCAAUUCUUCAAGGAUGAGCUGGAUUCAGACGGGCUACUCAAGGAGCCGGAUAGGAGAACCGUCGAUAUUUGCAUGCACGCGGCCAAUGACACGGCGAAACUGGCCAUCCACUACAUUAGGAAGAAGGGACCCAACCAGAAGAGAGGCGGGAGCAUUGUCAUGACGGCGAGUCUGGCGGGAUACCUAGCCAGUGCUGGGGCACCGCUGUACAGUGCCGCGAAACAUGGUAUUGUGGGCUUGAUGAGGGCACUGAAGAACGACACCGCGACACUGGGCAUUGCAGUCUCGGUGGUUGCGCCGGGCAUCACUUUGACCGAUAUCAUCUCGGGCCGCAGUCCUGGAGAAUCUCUGAGUGACUGGGCCAAAAGAAUGAGAGGGGUCGGCGUCCCUAUCAACGAUCCACAAGAGGUGGCAUGCUGUGUGGUGUACUUGAUGAGCUUGGGAAUGGAGGCCAACGGCAAAGGGAUGUUGGUUCAAGCCGGACGGGUUGCGGAUCUGGAGAAGGGGAUCGCUUCGUCAAGGAAGAUCUGGAUGGGAGAAGAGAUGUUGAAUCUCUUCCGAGGGGGAAGGAAUGCGCCAUUGUUUCCCAAUAAGCUGUGA